AUGUCAACUGCGGUAUCUGUUACCAAAGAUACUAAAUUAAAUCAAUUUUUCACCGCCAACAGAUUGGCUUUAUUAGCAGGAGCAUUGGUAGGUCUUGCAAUACUGAUUACUAUAUGGGCACUCAACCUGGAUUUUAAUGCAGGUACUACUUUCAUUGCCAUGGCGGGGGCAAAGGGAGCCCACAAAUACAUAGUACACCUCAGCAAGCGAGCCUCUUGGUCUAAGGUUAGUGUCAUCAGGGCUAUCAUUAUCUUGCUUUUUUUCGGCGUGUUUGGUUCCGCGACUACUCUAUAUGCAAACGCCUGCGGGCCUGCUAUUACUGAUGCUGUCGGUAUAACCAAGGACACUAAUGACCAGGACAACAUCGCUGCAUGUGCUAUAUCAGGCGGCCUUUUAGCAGCUGCUUUAUUCAUAGUAACGACCAUAACUGCGUACGGAUUGGAAGCAGGCUGGAUUUAG